AUGAAUGGAACAUAUAUACCCCGAGGUAGAAUGUUAGGAGGAUCGAGUGGUAUGAACCAGAUGAUCUACGCCCGUGGCAAUCGGCGAGACUACGAUCGUUGGGAGCAAUUGGGAAACGAAGGCUGGAGUUGGGAUGAAGUGCUGCCAUAUUUCAUCAAAUCUGAAGAUAACAAGGCACCUGAAGUUGUGAAUGCUUAUGGCGGAGGAUAUCAUGGAGUAGGAGGAUAUCAGAGUGUAGAUGUUAUGCCAGAGUCUUUGCCAUAUGACUCGAUACUGAUGGAAGCAUACGCUGAAGCAGGCUACAAGCGGUUGAUUGAUUUCAACGCAGUUGAACACAUAGGAUACGGUUGGAUGCAAUACACCAUCGACGGAGCUACUAGAGCUAGUAGCGCAAAGUCGUUUCUAAAUCCCAUUAAGAAUAGAGGAAAUUUGCACGUUAUCAAGAAUGCUUUUGUGACUUCUUUGCAUUUUGAUUCGAGCAAUGCGGUUCGAGGUGUUAACAUGAUCUUACAGGGAAAAUAUAAAAUGCAGGCUUUCUCAAAGAAGGAAGUUAUUCUGUCGGCUGGUGCUUUCAACACCCCUCAAAUACUUAUGCUAUCAGGAAUCGGUAGAGGUGAACAACUACAAAAACUCGGCAUACCUGUGAAGACAGAGUUAAACGUGGGCAGCAAUCUACAAGAUCAUAUUUUUGUACCUCUAUUUUUUGGUUUGGAUCCGAUUCCAGAUUCCAACGAACAACUUGGAAGAACUCUAUUAAAUCUUUUCGAUUAUACUUUUCACAAUCGGAGUGGAGUAGUCGUGUUCGAUAAAAUAAGAAAUGUGAUGGCCUUUGAAAACACAAAAAGUAAGUCGGAGGAGUUUCCAGAUGUUCAAUACUUCACCACAUAUUACCCCAAAGGAGACUUAACCUCGCUGAAAUUCUUUGAAAAUCAUAACUACGAACCGUAUAUAGCAAACUCUAUGAAAAGUUAUCUGGAGAAACAGGACAUUGCUGGAAUGUAUAUUGCGGGAUUAACUCCAAAAUCACGGGGUACUUUGAAGAUAGUCUCAACUAACCCCUUUGAUCACCUUUCAAUUGAUACCGGUUAUUUCACGGAUUCAGAAGAUAUCACACCGUUUGUCAAAGCUUUACGAAAUAUUCAAGCUCUCUUUAAAACCCCGACCUUUAAACAGUACCAAGCCGAGGUUAUCAAACUUGACAUACCUGGUUGUGACCAUUUUGUCUUUGAUUCGGAUCACUACUGGGAUUGUUAUGUGAAACACAUGAGCACAUCAACCUAUCAUCCUACGGGAACUGCGAAAAUGGGUCCCAAAUCAGAUUCGGAUGCUGUAGUCGAUUCUGAACUCCAGGUUUAUGGCAUCAACAGAUUACGGGUGAUCGAUGCAAGUAUUUUUCCGAUUAUUCCAAGUGGUAACACUAAUGCUCCAACGAUGAUGGUAGCUGAGAAAGGGUCAGAUAUAAUCAAAAUAGCCUAUCUGUAGAAAUGGAGUUUUGUGAUGUAUUUUUUUCUUUUCUGAAAAAAGAUUUAUUACCACCAUUUUAUAAAAAAUACCAAUGACUUUUAACUUAUCUUUUCAAUCGUAUUGUUGUAAACUAACUCUUAACAUCUUAAGAUCUGUUCGAAAAUAGCUAAUAACUUUGAUCAAAGCUCACCAACUAAAUUAUACAUUUUACUUUUAAGAAACCCUAUAACCAGAUAAACAGCAACGCUCAAAGGAUAAAUAAACCCAUGUGAUAAAAUGUACCCAUUUGGCUCGUUUCUGUACUCAACUGUGACGUUCCUCCAAAUACUUCAACAAAACUCCUCCGGCUUCGGCUUUUGGUUUCUAUCCUUCAACGAGGUUCUCCUUCCCUCUACCUAACUCGCCUUACUUUAGAGCAAAACAUUGGACCGAUUUGUGAAUUGUGC